AGUCUCCGCCCGCCCGCCUCCCUUCCUCCGAGCUUCUUAAACACAGGUUUCAGGCCUACAGCUCUGGGGGCACUUGGGAGGGCGGGGGGGAGGGGGGCUGGUCUGAUGAGUAACCCCUCCCCCCACGUCCCAGAGGGAGAAGCCUCUACGUCUGUCUGCCGGCCCAAGAGUUCCAUGGCCUCUGCUUCCCGCCGCCAACGCCGAGAGCACCGCCGAGAGCACCGCUUCCGUCGUUACUUGUCUGCAGGUCGGCUGGUCCGCGCCCAGGCCCUCCUCCAGCGCCACCCGGGCCUUGAUGUCGAUGCUGGGCAGCCCCCGCCUCUGCACCGGGCCUGUGCCCGCCACGAUGCCCCCGCCCUGUGCCUGCUGCUUCGGCUGGGGGCUGACCCUGCCCACCAGGACCGCCACGGGGACACUGCGCUGCACGCCGCUGCCCGCCAAGGCCCUGAUGCCUACACAGACUUCUUCCUGCCACUGCUGAGUCGCUGUCCUUCUGCCAUGGGAAUAAAGAAUAAGGAUGGGGAGACCCCUGGGCAGAUUCUUGGCUGGGGCCCCCCCUGGGAUUCUGCUGAAGAGGAGGAUGAAGAUGAGACUGCUAAGGAACGGGAAUGGAGGCAGAAGCUGCAGGGAGAGCUGGAAGAUGAGUGGCAGGAGGCCAUUGGAAGGUUUGAAGAUGAUGCUUCCCAUGAGACCCAGGAACCUGAGUCCUUCUCAGCCUGGUCAGAUCGCCUGGCCCGGGAACAUGCCCAGAAAUGCCAGCAGCAGCGUGAGGCAGAGAGAGCCCAUCGACCCCCACGGGCUGAAGCUUCCAGUCACAGCUGGCGGCAGCAAGAAAAGGAGCAGCGACUCUUCCAAGAACGAGUCUGGGCCAAGGAGGAAGAGCUCCGUGAGAGUCGAGCCAGGAGAGCACAGGAGGCUCAAGGGGACCAAGGGCCAGAGCCAGCCAGGGCCGGGCCCAAGGCAGAGCAACCCAGAGGAGCAGGGCGGGGCAAUCUCUGGCGCUUUGGUGAUGUGCCCUGGCCCUGUCCUGGGGGAGGGGACCCAGAAGCUAUGGCUGCAGCUCUGGUGGCCAGGGGCCCCCCCUUGGAGGAGCAGGGGGCUCUGAGGAGGUACUUGAGGGUCCAGCAAGUUCGCUGGCACCCCGAUCGCUUCUUACAGCGAUUCCGGAGCCAGAUUGAGACCUGGGAGCUGGGCCGAGUGAUGGGAGCAGUGACAGCUCUUUCUCAGGCCCUCAAUCGCCAUGCAGAGGCCCUCAAGUGACUCCAGGAACAGGGAGAAACUUCAGGAAAUGUAGCUGUAGGGGUAGGGCGAUAGAAAGGCAUAGUCAGGGAGAGGAUGGUGAGGAAAAAGCGCCAACUGCUCAGCAGAGGAUAUGUGGUAUCAGUGAAACUUGUGAAAGCCGGAGUAGGGGGAAUAGAGCCACCACCACUGCUCUUCAGCUCUACCAUUGCCUAAUAAGACCUGGUUCCACAUCUCA